AUGGCAGACAGCGAAAUCGCGACGAAGAAUCCCCAAUUAUCGCGCAAAAUUUUCCGACCUCUGCGCGAAGACUAUAUUCGCCUUGUCACCAUACUUGCCGGAUCGCCGGCAGAUAGCAUUCAGUGUUCACUGGAAGAAGUUCCAUUGCUUCCAGACAAAAAGCCACCGGAAGAAUAUGAAGCAUUUUCGUAUGUAUGCGGAUCUAAGGAGCGGCCGCAACGCAUCGAGAUCGGCGGUAAUGAAUACUUCAUCACCGAGAACCUGGCAGAAGCCCUUCGCGCACUCAGACACCCAAAAAAAGGCCGGAAAUUGUGGGUCGACUCCUUGUGCAUCAAUGAAUCGAACAUACCCGAGAAGAACAUCCAGAUUCCCUUAAUGGGUCGCAUAUAUUACUCUGCCUGCAGGGUAAUUUGUUGGCUGGGACCGUACUAUGAGAUCCGGAGGUGGGCACGAACAGCGACAGAAGAGGAUAUGAAGAACUUUUUCAACCUCCUUCAACUAAUCGAGUCAGACCCCAGUAAUCGCAAUGUGUUAGAUACCUCGAUCAGAGCCUUGCGUACGCUGGACAGCAAUUCGCAAGGGAGAAUGAUGUUCGCGCUGGAAGACCUCGUCUAUCGAGAAUAUUGGUAUCGAGCCUGGACGUUGCAGGAAAUGGCGCUUUCCAGUGACUUAAGGGUUAAGUGUGGGGACCAUACCGUGCGGUAUACCACGCUGGAGUGCAUGCCCACCACUCUUAUCAAUGCACAUGCCCUACAGUCAAUGCCACCAAAGGAAAAGAAGACUCUCCAUCUCAAGCAGUCCUUGAGAGUAAGCACCGUUCGGUCAAGGCUGCAAGGGAUCUGGCCAGAGAGGCUGUUGAAAUUUCAGCAACUGCGGUCUGGGAUGUCACUGGAUAUGUUUCUCAAUCACUUCCUGAACAGCCACUGCUUCGAUCGUCAUGACAACAUCUACGCUUUCUACAAUUUGUUUCACUCAGAUAUUCAGAAGACCCUUCAGGUUGACUAUGACUUACCGGUUGAGCAAGCCAUUACCCAAACGUUCAAAGGUUUUAUCCGGGUAACAAAGUCACUUGAUGUGGUCACUGUCAAGGCGCGGCAACGUGCCGUAAAUGAGAAAUGUCAAAGAGCGGUACCGUCCUGGUGUCCGUAUCUACAUGCCGAAUAUAGGGCAUUCCCUCUUCUUCCCGCGGGCUAUACUUAUCCUAAAGAGACAUCUUUGAUUCCCCCAAAUGCCCCUGUCACGUUUGAAUAUUCAAGAGACCAAAGCAAGCUCCUCAGGAAUAUGUUCCAUAGAAAUCUCUUGAACUGGGAAGCCAGGGAGAUGGCACAUAUCAGAGAAUGUUACACCUUCUUGAACAAGACAACGGUGAAAAGGGAGGAAUUUCCGCAGGUCGUUCUUCCGGAUUAUCGCCCCAGCCAGUCCAAGGUGCUUGAUAGCCUGGUCCAAACGAAUUUGCAUGUGCCCGGCAAUGAAGAGCAGUUCGAGGCGCUAUAUCAGUUCAAGCGCCGCAUGCAUUCGAGGGAGCUGUGCUCAUGUAGCCUGCUUCUUAAAAACGGUUUCAGUAGCACAUUCAACCUAGGUGUUGUUGCUGAUACCCCAUGGCCAGGGGAUAUCAUCUGUGCUAUAUCAGGGUGCAAGACUUUGGUUGCUCUUCGUCUUGUCAAAGAUGGUGCGUAUCAGGUAGUCGGUGAAGCAAUGGUACAGGUGGCGGGUUUGGGAAAAGCAUCAUGCACUGGUGGGAGCUAUGAGAAUUUUAUACUUUGUUAA